AUGGCAGGGAACAACUCGGAGGCAGAUGAAGAGGCUCCGAAGCAGGUGCCUUUGAAUGAAGGGGAGGUGGCUGUUCUGGAGUCCUACCUUGAGCAAUGGGACUCGACAUCGGGUCAAGAAAGAAAUGUGGUCUGGGGGGAUGCCACGACGGAGACUCGGCUGAAGGCCCCUGGCAUGGAUGCCAAGCUGUUGAAGUCCCAAAAGACGGUCUACAGAAAAUGGUUGCAGAACCAUAGAGGGAAGAAGAAGGACGCCAAACCUCCCAUCAAUCUCGGGAGGAAGUGGACAUACCGGGCAGUCGUGGGGUCUCUCAGGAAGAAGGAGCUGCUGAAGAAGAUCGAGGACGAGACUGGUGUGAAGCCUGGCGAACCCGAGAUGAUGAAUCAUUAUGCCAAGUAUCUGGCAGAAAUGGUGAAUUCUCUUACUGAGAAGGAGGUGGAGGAAGCGACCGAGAUGGCUGAGGAGUGGAAAAGCAAGGAGUUCCGCCCGAGCGAAAUGUUCAAGAAGGCCGGGAUGUGGCUGUUCAUGCUGUCGGCUUGGAAGAAUGAGGACGGAAAACUCCUGGUGUCAAGUCAUGACUACAACGACGAGUUCGGCAAUGGCGAAAGUUUCAGCAAGACGGGCGACUGGCAGGUGAUAUUGCCGGAGUGGGAGUCAUAUGUGUCAAAACAGUUCGACAAGGAAGUGGAGGAUGACGCCGUGGUAAGGAAGGGAAGGAAGGACAACACAUAUGUCCUCGAAAUAGGAUGCGAUGGAUUGCCCAUCCUCCCGGACCACGGCAAGAUGGAUUCAGACACGCGGAAGGCUGUCGUCCGAGCAUUCCUAAAUUGGCAUUAUCAGGACUGCAGCAGCAGGCCAAAGGACCCAGUGCCUUGGAAAGAGGUGAUACCUAGGCCAGAAGAGCUCAUCCCUCCGAUGUACCUUCCAGAGGGACGAAAACUUCGGGAGCCAUCAAGAAUGAACUGGGAGGAAGCAACAGAACUGUUGGACUUCUGGUACAACCGACAGGAGAACAUCUGGGACGUCACAUUCGAGUUCUACGGCUGGUGGAGCAAGGCCGACAAGGAGGUAAAACCCCCUGUCGCCGAGGCAGAGGCAGAUACACCGGUGGAUGGACAGGCCAAAGAGAAUCCGGGAGGAAAGGCAAAGACAAGGGUAUCGGUGAGGCGAAAGUCUGUUUUCUGGGCGAUUGUUCCUUCUGACAGCUCUGAUGACGAUGAGGAUGGCCGGCCAACAAAGACAGCCAAACCAGCCAGGCGGCAGGCAGCAAAGACAACCCAUCAGCCAAAAACUUGGGUUGACCCUGCAGACCCAGGGGACGAGUUUCAUCAACCAGAUUCGCCGGAUGAGUCCUCGGAUGAAGAAAGGCCAGCUACCAGGAAGGGCAAAGAACCUGUGAAACAGAAGGCAAAGAGACCUAGGAAGGAGGUUGCGGAGACACGCGGCGAGGAUGAAGCUCCUCUGGAGGUAGAGAGUCGCCCAGUUAUGAAGACCCGUGCUUGCAAGCAGGGCACUGCUCCCGCCAACAGGCUUGUUGCCCCCACAGCUCCACAGAAACCAUCUCCCACAACAGAUGAGCCAUCUGCCUCCCGAGGAGUGCCGACUCCUUUGGACCGACCCAGGAGGGUAGGGCCUGCAUCUCAGCCCGGCGGUGCAUUGUGGCGCAAACCUAGUCGUGGACAGAAAGACGGUCCGGCAGUCGUCUUGCAACACUCUACCAAGAAACACAAGCCGGGCAGACCACGCAGGAAGAAAUGUGCUGCCGAAGAUGAGUUGAAAGGAUCACCUGCCAAACGCACACGCAGCAAGACCACAGAUGUUCUCCCGAAAAGAUCCAAGAAACCCAACUCCAGAUAUGCUGCCAACUUCAUGCGGUCUUGA